ACUCGAUGCGACACCAGAGACGAAUUUAGUAACCCUAGUGGUAACAUUGGUAUAGAAAGUGGCAUUCAUCAGGACAAAAUCCUUCACUAGUAACCAGUAAGUUUUUCGACAUGACUGGUCGCGGAAAGGGAGGAAAGGGAUUGGGAAAGGGAGGAGCGAAGCGUCAUAGGAAGGUACUUCGUGAUAACAUCCAGGGUAUCACGAAACCAGCAAUUCGUCGCUUGGCUCGCCGAGGUGGUGUUAAACGCAUAUCUGGCUUGAUUUACGAGGAAACUCGUGGUGUCUUAAAAGUUUUCUUAGAAAACGUCAUUCGUGAUGCGGUUACGUACACCGAGCACGCUAAACGGAAGACUGUAACAGCUAUGGAUGUUGUAUACGCUCUGAAAAGACAAGGACGCACUCUUUAUGGUUUUGGAGGUAGCACUUUUAUUAUUACUAUGACAUCAUUAUUCCUUUAGAAAGAAUUAACUACUGGUGCUCAAAAGGGCCGUUUUUGUUUGAAAAGUUAAUUAUGAUUUUCCUUUGGUAGAAGUUCGACCUGAAUAUGUGGGAGUA